AUUUUAACACAUUAGGGAUCGUUAUUAACACCAAAAUAACAUGCCGAGCUUAUUCCAAUAAUAAAAUUCUAGAUUUGUCUAUCAUUCUUGUAUAGGUUUUGCUUUCUUCUCCUGGCUUAAUGGAGAAUUCGAAUGCGAAUGGUGAAUAUGAAAAUGAGAGGAUUACUACUUGUCUAUGGAUGCUACCGGAGGAUUGUAUUGCGAAGAUUUUGGCCUUUACAAGCCCUCUGGACGUUUGCCGUUUUUCUUUAGUCUCUAAACCGGUUCGACCCGCGGCUGAGUCGGAUUCCGUUUGGGAAAAAUUCUUACCCUCCGAUUAUGAGUCCAUCGUUGCCGGAUCAAUGAGUCCGAUACCCGAUUUUCAUUCAAAGAAGGAUCUCUAUGUUCAUCUAUGCCAUCAUCCCCUCUUAAUUGAUGCAGGUCGCAAGAGUUUCUCACUGGAAAAAUGGACUGGAAAGAAAUGCUACUUUUUAGGUGCAAGGGAUCUUAAUAUUGCAUGGGGUGAUACACCAGACUAUUGGAAAUGGACUUCACUACAAGAGUCCAGGUUUCCAGAGGUGGCUGAACUCAUACUUGUUUGGUGGCUUGAAAUUUGGGGCACAAUAAGAGCUGGAAUUCUGUCACCACAGACUUCCUAUGUAGCUUACCUUGUUUACAAGUUGGAAGAUGAAUUCGGGUUUCAUUAUCGACCCUCAGAGAUUUCAGUUGGAGUUUCUGGUGUUGAAUUCGACAAACGAUUUGCAUUUUUGGUGCCAGAUGGUAGACCUCAACGGCGUAAUCGCUAUGUGGAGUCAGAUGAUGAUUAUGAGGAGCCAGUUUAUACUCCGCCCUCUGAUGUGGUUAGGUGUUUGCCGGAGGAUGCUUCUACUCCCUUGCAAUCUGAUAUUCAACGUCCUAAACUUAGAGAUGACGGCUGGUUUGAGAUACAAUUGGGUGAGUUUUUUACUGAAAAUGAAGAUGAUUGCAUAUUAAUGAGUAUGAAAGAGGUGAAUGACAGUGUAUCUCAAAAAGAAGGCCUUAUUGUUGAAGGAAUUGAGAUAAGGCCAAGAAUGGGUUAAUUAUCACAUUUUUUAGAAAAUAUUUUUGACAUACAGCUACCAUGUAUUCCGAAUAGAACAUGUUUCUUUUUGGAGCACUCCUCCAUUUCAAGUAUGUUUUGGUGCUAUGGUAACUGGCUUGUUGUGUAUAAACCCAUACUAGACUUUAUUGUUUCAGAACCAUAAUCAUAUAAACAGGUUAACAAACUAGGCUUGCAAUUUCCAUUUCAGAAAACUGCCAAUUAUUAGUGAAAUGCUCAGUGAAUUAGAUGACAUGUUUGACCAAUUAAAACCCACCAUGUAGUAAAAAAGCAUAAGUGCAGAAAAUAUAUGAACUUCAGUUUAAACAAUUGUAAGCAUAAGAUGCAGAAGACAAGUUAUUUUUCAAGAAUCAUCCUUGUUUUACUGUUGAGAAGUUCAUAGUUGAUACUAACAAGCAAUACCCAGUGGCGAAGCUAGAUAUUUCUCCAAGGGUGUUCAAAUUUAAAAGAAAUGAAAAAAAUUUCCGGCAAAGGGUGUUCAAUAUGUGUUACAUACCUCUAAAACGUAAUAUUUUACUAUGUACACAGUGCAAUUUUUGGACGAAGGGUGGUCAGCUAACCACCUUAUCACCAUGUGGCUUCGCCACUGUCAAUACCAUGCCGUGUAUAGCAUAAUGAUGCAAAAUUUUUAUUAUGGGGGAUUGAGUCAUAGUUGCUUGGUUGAUUGUUCAUGUUGUAUUGAGAGAAUAAUUUACAUAAGAAUCUGAAGAACUGUACAUGUAUAUAGUCGUGUUAAAACAAAGUGACCAUUUUCCAUGCUUUGCUCCCAUGGAAAAUUUAAAUAUUAUAGUGAUUAAUCAGGAAGAAGAAAAUUACUGGUUGCUCCUGGUGAUCAAUUCUACAUUAAAGAUUCAAUACCAAAAAGGUUGCUUUCAGGAGCAGGUGAUAUUGCUUUUGCUUGCAUGUCAAACAGCCACCAGUUUCCACUUACUUGCUCAGUAAAAUAUAUGCAAUUGGUCCUGCAUCCUAGCUUGCUGCCAUUAAUCCACAUACAACAUUCUUCCUCCACAAACAAUGUUCUAUGCCCAAGGCUUUCCAUCUUAACCCACAACAGUUUUGGAAUAUCGAGCCUGUAAACUUCAACAUCAUCCACUUUUUUUAUGGAUCUUUUAGAGAUCAAGAAAAUCAGUAAUAUCUCCCCUUCUGAUUCAACUAAAAUUUCCCUGAAUUGCCUUGAAAUAACAGAAGGAACAGCCCUGCUUGAACUCAUCUCAGAGACUCUAAGGCUAGAAUCAACUUCUUCAAUAACUGCAAGUGUCCCCUGCAAACUCAACGCGUAGAAUUUUCUAUUAAAGCCAAUGGCAUUUAUGAACUGCAAAUGUUCACCUGAGCCAAAGGGGUCAGUGAGGUUACAGUCUUGCUUCCUCCACACACGUUCUUUUCCGGCCCUCGUUUCACAGAACACAAAAGCUGGAGAAGCAGCACCUGUUAGCACCAUAAUCAUACAAGUUUUUCCAUAAUCAUUGAGACCUAUGGGUUGAAAUGUAGAUAAAGUUGCAAACUUGAAUGGAACGCGGGUAUCCCAAGAUGGAAGGUGACAGUAGGUCUCUCUGUAGGAUUUCCACAAUAAGAUAUCAUCCGGACAGCGUCCAACUGCUAUUAGUGAACCAUGAGAGUGACCCUUGAAAUAUAUCCAAGGGUCCUUCCAUGUCCGCGAUCUUCUACCAUAAGGCCAGUAAUAUCCUAUAUGAAACCAGAUAUGAAAGCAGUGAGAAUGAUUCUCGUUUUUUUGAAUUUCAGUGAGUUGUGGCCAUAGGGAUUUUCUUAUUGGGAUACAUUUUUUAGAGUGUGCUGAUCUCCAUGACUUGGUGACACCACCAAAACUGAUGUUUUCCAUUAGACUCGGUUCAUUUGAGAUUAAGCUGAAAUGGGAGCUAGAGAAGGAAAUGGUAUGGGAAUAUAGCUUGAGGCAGGCUUAAAAUAAUCAAGAUCAGAUGUGGCCACCAAGUAACCGUAGACUCCAAGUUAGUUGAUCUCUUGGUGCACAAGAAAGAUCAAACAAGAUGGUGGACAAAGUAGAAGUGUUUAAGCUGCAGAUUGAAGAUUUGUCAUGGUUAAAGCUGGACAAUCUCGGAGAUAGAACGCUAUUUGCGGGGAUUAAUUGCUCUGCUUCAGUGCCUGCAAGUCAAGUUGGCUGCAGAAAUAACUCUGUCUAUUUUACUCAUAAGGGAAUUGAUGGUUGGAGACAGUAUGAUAUGAGAAGUGGUUGCAUUUUGCCCUGUUAUGAUAGUGCUGGUUCUGAGAUAAAAAUUCCAGAGUGGGAGGAUCCAGAAACUAAAAAAUCGUUACGUCGACGUCGACGAUAUUGAAACAUAUGUUUCUGUCCAGUAUCUCGUCUAUGUUUUGCUAUUAUUAUGACAUGUUAGUAACUUUGUUAUUGUGUGAAAUAAAAGUGAACAAAAAGUCUGACUUGUUUUGAGAAGCUUUACCUAUUUUGAACAGAAAUUAUAAUUCCCAUUAAUCUUG